AUGGCCGUGUACGUGGUGGGGCGGGGCCAGGCAUGCUUACGGCGCCAGGAACAGACGGAACUGGAAACAGGAAGGAGACAGAAAGAGAUGAAAUAUGGAGGGAGAGAUGGGAAGAUAGACCGCGAUGGAAGGAGUAGCAGCGGCCAGCGUGGCACAGCACAACGGUUAGUAGCAGCAACUCCUUUUCAACUUUCAAUCCCAAUCUACUGUUCUCAAUGUUUUGUCAGCGGGACGCUUAAGACUCCCUCACGACCCACGGCUGCAGACACAAAUGGUACAGCUGCAGACACAAAUGGUACGUCAUCAGGCACCAACGGUACGGCCGCAGACGCAAAUGGUACAACAUCAGGCACCAACGACACAUCAACUGGCACCAACAGUACGUCAACGGCCACUAACGGUACGUCACCAGGCACUAACAACGGUAACAAUGGUAACAAUGGCUCUAAUUCUACUGCCAAUUCAACUAGCACGGGAACAACCAACGGGACCAAUACAACGGCAUCAGGGGCUACCUCAACCAACGGAACAAAUACAACGGCUACAGGGGCUACCUCAACUAACGGAACAAAUACAACAGCUACGGGGGCUACCUCAACCAACGGAACAAAUACAACGACUACAGGGACUACCUCAACCAACGGAACAAAUACAACCACUACAGGGGCUGCCUCAACCAACGGAACAAAUACAACGGCAACAGGGACUACCUCAACCAACGGAACAAACACAACCAGUAGUUCCAACUCGACCACCACAAACAGCACGACCAACGCAAAUGGAACAUCAGGCACGAAUUCCACCAGGCGUAAGCGCUCUGUAGCAGACGGUGACGAGGAACUUGUCGAAGCUGUUGAUGGCGGCCAGGUCCUUCUCCAGGUGACACAAGCCCCUGACGAAGUCCCUGAAGUCCCUGACGAGGUCCCUCAAGUCCCUGACGAGGUGGACGAAGACUGCGAUCUGGAUACUGAGGUUAAACGCAUCGCACAAAUCAACCAAAUCGCUGACGAUGUUAUCAGAGAAGGCGGUCAGAAUGAGGUCAUUGAAGAAGGCAGUGGCACGGCCAGUGAAGAUAGAAUUGGUGGACCUGAUGGGAUAGUCAUCUCGCGACGCAGGAAGCGAGACACGGACCUGACCAGUAGUUACGGCGGGGUGGUGAUCGUCUCCCCCUUCAGGACAGUCACCAAGACGGUGGUGGAUAAGGGCGUCCUCUUCCGGACCAACGGCACCACCUCUCUCUGCUCCUGCACUCCAGACUUUUCAAAUAAGCUGAAGGAGCUGCGAGUUAACAGUUAUGUGAAUAGUGAUGUGCUGGGAACAGAUGUGAACAGAGAUGUGCUGGGAACAGAUGUGAACAAAGAUGUGCUGGGAACAGAUGUGAACAGAGAUGUGCUGGGAACAGAUGUCAACAGUGAUGUGCUGGGAACAGAUGUCAACAGUGCUGACGUAGAGUCUGCCCUAAACAGCUGUGGCAGAGACUGGGAUAUUCACGUUCUCUUCUACCUUCGUCUGAGGUGA